UAAAAGCGGCUGCUGCGCGCUAGGAUUCAAUACUCUGAAAAGUAACUGCGAGAGAGACUGAUCGCUCGAAGCGAACUCAAGCGAAGACAAAGCUACAUUUCGUCUGCGAAUAUUCGUGCUACGUACUCUGAAAGAUAGUGUAAACCCCGUUUUAUUGUUCUGUGCCAUCAGUAUUUCUAUAAUUUUACGUGAUCAUCAAGAAUAACUAAAAUGAUGGAGGACGUUACGAUCUCCGAGCCGGGUGAAGUUGAAACCUUCGCCUUUCAAGCCGAAAUUGCUCAAUUGAUGAGUUUGAUCAUCAACACAUUUUAUUCAAACAAAGAAAUCUUCAUUCGAGAGUUAAUUUCAAACGCAUCUGAUGCAUUGGAUAAAAUCCGUUAUGAAUCUCUCACAGAUCCAUCAAAAUUGGAUACCUGCAAAGAAUUGUUCAUUAAACUUAUUCCAAACAAAAAUGACCGUACUUUGACCAUCCUUGAUUCUGGUAUUGGUAUGACAAAGGCUGAUCUGGUUAACAACCUUGGUACCAUUGCUAAAUCAGGCACAAAGGCAUUUAUGGAAGCUCUUCAAGCUGGUGCAGAUAUCUCUAUGAUUGGUCAGUUUGGUGUGGGUUUCUACUCUGCUUACCUGGUUGCUGACAAGGUUGUUGUCAUCUCGAAACACAAUGAUGAUGAACAAUAUGUGUGGGAAUCCUCUGCUGGUGGUUCAUUCACUGUUCGUCCUGAUAAUGGAGAACGAAUUGGAAGAGGUACAAAGAUCAUCCUGCACAUCAAGGAAGAUCAGACUGAAUAUUUGGAGGAAUCAAAAAUAAAGGAAAUUGUAAAGAAGCAUUCUCAGUUCAUUGGCUAUCCAAUUAAGUUGGUUGUUGAAAAAGAAAGAAACAAGGAACUGAGUGAUGAUGAGGAGGAAGAACCAGCAAAGGAAGGAGAAGCUGAAGAUGAAAAAAUAAAAAUUGAAGAUGUUGGAGAAGAUGAAGAUGAGGACAAACCAAAAGAGGAAAAGAAAAAGAAGAAGAAGACAAUCAAGGAAAAAUAUACAGAGGAUGAAGAGCUUAACAAAACAAAACCAAUUUGGACCAGAAAUCCAGACGACAUUACUCAAGAAGAAUAUGGUGAAUUCUACAAGAGCUUGACCAACGAUUGGGAAGAUCAUCUGGCUGUCAAACAUUUCUCUGUAGAAGGUCAACUGGAAUUCCGGGCAUUACUUUUCAUCCCACGACGCGCGCCUUUCGAUCUCUUUGAAAAUAAGAAGAGGAAAAAUAACAUCAAAUUAUAUGUUCGCAGAGUCUUCAUUAUGGACAACUGUGAAGACCUUAUUCCAGAAUAUCUUAAUUUCAUUAGAGGUGUUGUAGAUAGUGAAGAUCUUCCAUUGAACAUUUCCCGUGAAAUGUUACAACAAAACAAGAUUCUUAAAGUUAUCAGAAAGAACCUUGUGAAAAAAUGUUUGGAACUCUUUGAAGAAUUGUCUGAAGAUAAAGAAAACUACAAGAAAUGCUAUGAACAGUUCAGCAAGAACUUGAAAUUAGGUAUUCAUGAAGAUAGCCAGAAUAGGAAGAAGCUCUCAGAACUGCUUAGGUAUCACACAUCUGCCUCUGGAGAUGAAAUGUGUUCACUGAAAGACUAUGUUGGUAGAAUGAAGGAAAAUCAGAAACACAUUUACUACAUCACUGGUGAAAGCAGGGAACAAGUAGCAAAUAGUUCAUUUGUAGAAAGGGUGAAGAAGCGCGGUUUUGAAGUUGUAUAUAUGACAGAACCUAUUGAUGAAUAUGUUGUACAGCAAUUGAAAGAAUUCGACGGUAAACAGCUGGUAUCUGUAACGAAAGAAGGUUUAGAACUUCCCGAAGAUGAAGAAGAGAAGAAGAAACGUGAAGCAGAUAAAGCCAAAUUUGAGAAUCUGUGCAAAGUUAUGAAGGACAUUUUGGACAAGAAAGUAGAAAAAGUUGUUGUAUCUAACAGGUUAGUCGACUCUCCCUGCUGUAUAGUCACAUCACAAUAUGGAUGGACCGCAAACAUGGAGAGGAUCAUGAAAGCACAAGCCCUUAGAGACACAUCAACUAUGGGAUACAUGGCUGCCAAGAAACAUUUAGAAAUUAAUCCAGACCAUCCAAUUAUGGAGAACUUGAGGCAAAAGGCUGAAGCAGACAAACAUGACAAAUCUGUGAAAGAUCUAGUUAUGCUGCUUUUUGAAACAGCACUCCUAUCUUCUGGUUUUGCUCUUGAAGACCCACAAGUACAUGCUUCCAGAAUAUACAGGAUGAUCAAACUUGGACUUGGUUUUGAUGAUGAAGAUACGCCACCUGCAGAAGAUGAAAAAAUGGAUGCUGAAGUUCCUCCACUAGAAGGUGAUACAGAAGAAGCAUCCAGAAUGGAGGAAGUAGAUUAAGAUCUUUCAUUAUUUAAGACUAUUUAACUAAAUCCAAAGACUUCUAGGAUGUAGAAAGACUGUUACACAUUAAUUCUAUUUUAAGUAUUGAAUUUUUCUUCGUUUUGUCUUUCUGUACGCGACAGAAUGGAGUGCCAUGCUUUCAGUAUUACAUAGUAUACAAGAUAAUUAUUAUACAUAUUUAUUUGAUAAAUAUGAAAUAAAACAAUAAGAAUUCUGUGCAUUCCACGAACGUUGCACCAGAAAUUGAGCCUGUCACUUGAUUCUGUCCUUAAAUUCUUUUUUUAUAAUAUACGAUUUUCACAUGACUGCAAUUCCAUCCUGAUUUUUUUGUAUAUUUUCAUUUCACACUUUCAUCAUUCCAUUGUGAAAUUGUCAUGUAGCCAAAUUACAUUGAAAUCGUUGUAAACAGUUCUGUGCGCAAUAAAAUGACCUUAAAAUAUUUAAA